AAUUUUUCCGUUUAAUUUCGUGACGUGCCAUUCAAAUUGAAAGAUAAACAAAGAAAAGCUUUAUAUCAGUAGUUUUUAUUCGUUGACUUCAUUACAGCGGAAGUACUGACAAUAUAAGCAGAAAUGGAAAUUGUUGAUGUUGAAAAAAAAAUCAAUGAGGAGCUCAUGAGUUACUUCAGAGGGAUGAAAGACGGAUUUGUGCAAGUGGGCGAUAAAAAAUGGUUCUACCCAAAAAAAUACAGACAGCUAGCUGAAGCAUUCAAGGGUUUCGAGGUGAGAUCUGACGAUAUAUGGAUCACUGGAUAUCCGAGAUCAGGGACCACACUGACAGAAGAAAUCGCUUGGCUACUCAGUCAUGAUUUGGAUUUUGAAGAAGCAAGAAAUAUCGGUGUGAACAAGCGCGUCUGGUUUUUGGAGGGAAGUUUGGUGAUAAAUGAAAAGUCAAUGCAGGAGUUAUUAUCAAAAUCUCCUGGAGAACUCAGCAGUUACCAAAGCAUGUUGAACACUCUGGAUGAACUCAAGAACCAAAAGGGUAGGAGGGUUAUACAGACCCAUCUACCAUUUGAACUCCUACCAAAAGAUCUCUUGAAGAAAGGAUGCAAAGUAAUUUAUAUAUGUAGAAAUCCUAAGGAUGUAAGCGUGUCUCAUUUCCAUCUUCAAUCAUCCGCUCGCCUUGUCAACUUUUGCGGGAAUUUCCCGAAAUAUUGGGAAUAUUUUCGUAAUGGAAAUUGUAUGUUUGGACCAUAUUUCGAACAUGUUAGACAAGGAUAUGACAAAAUUGGUUCCAAGAACUUUAUGUUCGCAUUUUAUGAAGAUUUCAAUAAGGACAGAAGGGCUUACAUUAGUGAUUUAUCCCAUUUUCUCGAAUGUCCCAUUUCCGAAGAACAACUGGAAAAACUGGAAGAGUAUAUGGAUAUCGAAAAUUUCCGAAAAGUUGCGAGAGCUCCUAUGAAAGAUAAAGAUAAUCAGCCCAUGAGUUUCAUUCGAAAUGGAAAGGUUGGAGGAUGGAGGAAUCAUUUCACAGAGGAGAUGAUAAACGAUGCUGAUGAGUGGAUUCAGAUGAAUAUCGAGAAAAUAGCUCAAAAAGAUGGUUUCGUGCAGGUCGGAGAACGGAAAUGGUUCUACCCCUGUAGAGUUGUCGCAAUGGAGAUAGUAGAUGUUGAGCAGAGCCUCAACAAUGAGUUAUUGAAUCAUUUUAAAGGGGAGAAGGAUGGAUAUGUACAAGUUGGUCAAAAAAAAUGGUUCCUUCCCGUGAAAUACAGGAAACUUGCUGAAGAGUACAAAAAUUUUGAGGUCAGAUCGAAUGAUGUAUGGAUCAUGGGAUACCCGAGAUCAGGAACCACUUUAACUGAAGAAAUAGUUUGGUUACUCUGCCACAAUUUGGAUUUUGAGGGAGUGAAAACAUUCAGACCCAGGCUUUUUGAAAAUAGUUUGGUGUUAAACGACAAAACGGUGGAAGAAAUAUUACAGCAAUGUCCGGAUGAAGAAUUUAGUUUCACGAGAAAGAAGGAAACAUUGAAGUACCUUGAACAGGAUAAGACAAGGAGGGUUAUAAAAACACAUUUACCCUUGGAAUUAUUGCCCGAUGAUGUUAUAAAGAAAGGAUGCAAGAUAAUUUACAUAUGCAGAGAUCCGAAAGAUGUGAGUGUAUCGUAUUUCCUACUUCAAUCAUCUCUUCGCCACAUUAAAUUCAGCGGUGAUUUCGAAAAGUAUCUGCAAUUCUUCAGGAAUGGAAAUUGCUUAUUUGGACCUCAUUUCGAACACGUUGGACAAGCUUACAGCAGAAUAGGUUCGAAAAAUUUCAUGUUCGUCUUUUUCGAAGAAUUCAAGAAGGACCUAAGGGCUUUCGUGACGAAGCUUGCUCAGUUCCUUGAGAUUUCUUUAUCUGAGGAACAACUGAAACAGAUGGAGGAUCACUUGAGUUUGGACAAUUUUAGCAAGAAAAUGAAUACCCUCAAAGAUGUGAAGAAUCAAACGGUCAAAUUUGUCAGAAAAGGGAAGGUUGGGGGUUGGAGAGAACAUUAUACGGAGGAAAUGAUAAAGGAAACUGAUGCGUGGAUUGAGGCAAAUAAAAAGAGGAUUGGAAUCAAAUAUCCAGUGCAAUAAAUAUAAGAAUAUUGUAUGAAAAUAUUACCAAUGAAUAAAAUUCGAUCAACACUAA